AUGCCUUCUUAUGCAAAGUUCAUGAAGAAAAUCUUGUCUAGCAAGAGAAAACUGGAGGUGACAAUCAUGGUCAAGCUGAAUGCCCACUGCAAUGCCAUAUUACAAAAUACAAUUCCCCAAAAGUGUGGGGAUCCAGGAAGCUUCACCAUACCAUUCUCGUUGGGGAGUGAAAAAAUCGAUAAGGCCCUCUGUGACUCUGGUGAGUCUAUAAAUCUAUUGCCUCUGUCUGUAUUCAGGAAACUGGAAGGUGAGCUUGGAGUGAUUAAAUCAAUACCAGUAUCCAUACAACUGGCUGACCAGACCACCAUUUUACCUGAGAGGAUCAUUGAGGAUAUUCUAGUGUGGGUGGACAAAUUUGUGUUCCCUGUAGACUUUACUGUGGUAGAUAUGGAGGUGAACAAGGAAAUGCCUCUAAUUCUAGGGAGUCCAUUCUUAUGUACAGGCAAAGCUAUCCUUGAUAUCUAUGAAGGGCAACUUAUGCUCAGAGUGGGCAACGAAAAAGUGGUGUUCCAGAUGAAAAGAAUGAUAAAAUACCCUAAUGAUGUGGCGUCCGACUACUCGUGUUUCAAGAUGGAUGUUGUUGGAAAAUUGGCUGAAAAAUACAAGUUUGACAAGAUUAUGGGGGAUACUCUCGAGAGGUGUAUUACUCAGUCUAGCACAGUGGAGGAUGAAGAUCCUAAAAUAAAGAAAGAUGUUGAAGCUCUUGAAACUGAGGAUCAAGUGGUUGAUGAGGAGGAAUUAAAAGAGGAGGCUUCUAAGCCUAAUAUGGAAUUGAAUGGCCUCCCCACUCACUUAAAAUAUGCUUUUCUUGAAACUAACAAUUUUCCCGUGAUUAUUUUUGCUGACUUGACAGGUACACAUGAGCGACAGCUGGUGAAGCUGCUGAAGAAGCACAAGAAGGCCAUUGGCUAUAGUAUAGUUGAUAUUCAAUGA